AUGCUUGGCGAGGAUGAUUCUGAUGACGAAGAAGAAAAGGCGAAAGGAAAGGCCAAGGAGGAAGAGGGAGUGAACUGGGGUUUCACUGAGGACGCCUGGGACGAUGAUGAUUCAGAAGAUGUAAAUGCGCCGAUCGGAGGUGAUGGAAAGACACCAUCAUUUCUGAAGACUGAAUUGAAUCCAAAUGCGUUCUACAACAAAGACCCACUCAAAGCUAUCAAUCACUUCUUUACGUCGGAUAUGAUGGAACCACCAUGGGACUUUCAACAAACUCCCAAAGGAAAAUGGAUUUGCAAGCUAGAACUUCCGAUAGGUGACGGCGCAUCUGGAAUCACAGUCGAAGCGGAAGGAGAGGGAAAAUUGGGCGCGAAGACACACUGUGCUCUUGAAGCCUAUAAUAAGCAAAACUUCAUUUUUAAGGCUAGAAGUAAACGAGACAAACUGGAGCAAAACGAUUUCUACGAUUCCGACGAAGACAACUUCUACGAUCGAACCGGCGACCUAGAAAAUAAACGUAAGAAGCGUAAGUUGGCGACGACUGGAAAACAGAAAAAGGAGAAAGCGAUCUCGUACGACGAAAUAAUGGAAAAUCUAAAUAAAACUCAAGCUGAGUACGACUCACUUAUCCGAAAAAUUGAGAGAGAUAGGAAACAAAGGGAGCAGUUUAAGUCAUCAGAUGAUCCUCUCGAAGCAUUUAUGAAAACAGUCAAAUCUGGGGGAGCGCUCGAUAGCAUGACCCGAUCAAAAAUGCAUCGCAGAAAAGCAGAGUUGUCAAAGGACCUGGCUCAUUGGAAGAAGUUGGCUACUGCGGCCGCUCCAGCAGCUCUUCCCGAUAUUCUCAAACCGACUUCAACACAUACCGGAUCUCGGAAAGUGCCUUCUCUGAUGAAAGGUCGAGUCACAUCUGCGGGUUCUAUGAUGACCAAGAAAAAAAUACCAGCUGCAGACACAAUUAAUAAGAUGGAAAUCAAUAUAGCAAAAACUGAUGUAGUCGAGAAUGAUUCUGAUGAAGAAGACAUCUCUAAAGCAGGUGAAUAUGGAAUUUUAUAG